UUUUUUUUUUUUUAAAGAUAUUUGAAUAUCAAAUUACCUUUGAUGUUUUCGUGAGGUGACUACUCCCCCCCCCCCCCCCCCCCCCCCUUGCCUUAAAACUUGGAUAUUUUACCCCAGAAGAAAUCAAUCAUGUAUAUCUAUUUUUAAUUUUACGAAAAAAUUGUUUUCUUUCUGCUUAUAACAAUGAUAAUGUUCUCUAUUUUUCUCUGUGAAUUUUCUCUCUUUCUCAUUCUUUGUUUUAUUAUUUUUUUUUAUUCAUAAUCUAGUUACAUCAAGGUUUGCGUUUGUAUUAUAAUACAUCCUCAGCAUUGUUACCCAUGUUUGGGGUGGGGGGGAUCAGUUUUGGUAACUCCAAAAAAUGCUAUCACCAACGGGAUCGAUUAAUGUGUGGACGGUUUCUAGAUUAGAAUACGAACUUAAACGGGGCUGAAAUAUCUUGGAGUCGAACUUCAUGUACACCUCCUGUUUGUGAGUUUGAUUGACUGUGUCGAGCGGCUAGCUUAGCCUUCAGCUUUCAAGACGACCAUGAGCAGCCUUACAUUGUACUAUUUCCCAGGAUCUUAUUAUUCCCAGAGGGCACUGUUGGCACUCUAUGAGAAAGAUGCCAAGUUUAAGCACAAGUUGGUGUUUAUACACUCUGGAGAGCAGAAUGACCCGCACUACAUGAGAAUGAACUCAGCAGGUCAGGUGCCUAUGUUGGUUGAUGGGAAGAAAAUUGUUACAGAGUCGGAUACCAUUAUCAACUAUGUGGAUGAAAAUGUGCACACAGGUUCUACAUUGGUCCCAGAUAUGAGCUCUUCGGUUGGGAAGGAGGUGGAGAGCCUAAGGAAGCUGAUUAAUUCAGUAAGAGUGGAAAUCCUCACCUUUGGUGUGAUUACCUUUCAGGACCUAUCCGUAACUGGGCUACAUCCACUGGGAAAAGCAAUGUCAAAGAAGACAGACCAAGGGAAAAGAUAUGAAGACCUAAAGAAAACAUUGGCAGGACUAGCUGAGAAAUACCCAGAUCUACAAGAUGCUUACAAUGCAAAAAUUGAAUUUGCCACAAAUUUCUCACAAAAUUUCCAGAACAGGGAGCUGGUUGUUAAAGUAUUAAAUGAUUUGGAGAAAAUCUUGGACGAAGUAGAAAAGGUCCUGAAAAAAGUAAAAGAAGAUCAGAGCAUCAAAGACUCCUGGUUAGUGGGGCCACGCUUCACUGCAGCAGACAUAGCCUUGGCUACCCUGCUAGACAGGAUAGCAUUCCUCGGGCUGGCGGCGCGGUAUUUCACCUCAGAAAUACGACCUCAUCUGUAUGCCUACUAUCAGCAUCUCGGAACCAGAAAGAGUGUCCAGCAGGUCCGAACAUUGGUGCUGUCCACACCGAGGCUGUUCAUCCUCCACAAACUGAAGAGGGCGUCUCCGUUCGUGAUGGGGGUCAUGGUUGCUGGGAUCGCGGCUGCUGUGGCAUUCGCUGUAAUGAAACAGAAAUAGGAGAUUAAAGACUACAGCAUAGAAAGCUGUGGAAUGCUGGGAUAGAACAAUUACCAGUUACUAAGGAAACUUGGACCAUGCAACUCAGUUGGUAGACUAGUCACUAGCUACAUGUAGCAUCAGAUGAAUCUGUAAGACAAUCAACUAUUUGGAAUAUUGCUAUAUUCUGUUUGCAUACAUUUUUACUAGUCUGCAAAAAUAUCAUUUCAUGCUUAAGUAUUUACAUUUGUUAACUAGAGAAAUCUUUAUUUGCUUAACCACACCUUUAGUCUGUGCUUUUUGAAAGAUAUUUUACUUGCUCUUUGCACAAACUUCCAUAAGUGCAAUACGAUAGCAUUUGUUGAGGAUAUUGAUAUCAUAACAGUCCUAUAUUAUACAGUACUGUGGUGGUGCUAUGCUGUGGGUACUAACAUGUGCCUGUAAAAUUAUUCGCAGAAGUUACAAGAUGAGAUAUUUACAUGUAUUUACUUCAAUAUUAUGCUAUAAAAGUAAGUCAGUAAUAUCAAUAUUGUGCAGUGAUAAACAGCUUGUGAUGAAUACAUGCAUGAUGGAUGCUGAAUAUUUUGAAUAAGAGCUAGCAACAGUUUUGUUGUCAAUUUACAUACCUGAAGUUUUUUUUAUAUUAUAUUUUUUUCAUUUGAAUUUUCCAUUUCAGCUAGUCUACCAUUUGAAAAUGUCAGAUAUAUUGUUGAUGUCUUAAUCUGAGAUAAAGUUUUGUCAUUUGAUACAGUGGGUAUAAUUACAAUUUUAUUUUAUUUUUGACUAUUAUAUCUUUACAUAUACCAUAAUAUUGGCCAUUAAAUUAAUUUUACUUUAUAAUUUACAGAUAUGUAUUCCAAAUGUGGUUGUCUAUUUAUAAAAAUAAAUUUAUAUGCAGAAGAUGAAA